AUGGCUUCAGCAGCUCCCAGUGCUGCGCGACUCCGAGACAUGGUUCUUGAGUUCACCAGCUUCACGGGCGCUACGGAGAGAGUUGCUGCUAAGUUCAUCAAAGCAUCGAACUAUGCGGUUAACGAAGCUGUAGACGAAUACUUUCAUCAAAAGGACACGGGUGCUCUUCCCGCACCUACAUCCGCAGCAGCUCUCGUUGCCCAGUUAAAUUCCAUGUUUGAUGAUUUACGAGACCCCGAUGCGGACCCUAAGAAUUGCAUAGAGCUGACGUCAACCCUUAAUUAUCUCAAACAUGAGCUUAAGAUAAACGUGGAAAAUGCCGAGCUCAUGGUCGUCCUGGAGCUCCUCCAGGCGCCCAGUAUCGGUGAAAUUACGCGAGAGGGCUAUGAGCACGCCAGUUACGUUCUCCGGCUAAACAAGGCACUGGGCAAAGACGCAGUUCUUUUCAGAAGGGUUUACAGACACGCCUUUGUUGCCGGUCGUGAAAGGGACCAAAAAGCACUGAGCGUAGAAAACGCCCUGGUAUUCUGGGAUAUGCUAUUUGCUCAACCUGGCAUGCUGUGGAAAAACGCGAAUCGCGACUGGUUGCCACUCUGGAAGUCAUUUUUAACUGAGAAGUGGACUCGUUCCGUUAAUCGCGACAUGUGGAAUAUGACGCUCCAGUUCGCAUUGAAGAGCAUGGAAGACGAUUCCUUGUCCUUCUGGAGUGAAGACGGCGCCUGGCCGAGCGUAAUCGAUGACUUUGUACAGUGGUGCAAGUCCAAAGGCAUCGGCGGUUCUCAGGCUAUGGAGGUUGACGACAACGACGCGUGA